ACUACAUACGAACAUUGAUGAAGCACUAGUUUUGGAUUGAAAAAUCAAGUCGCCUGCUUCGAUUUGAGGAUGGCUGACCAGAACCCGGUGGCAUGUUUUAAACUGGUUCUUGUUGGAGAUGGUGGAACUGGAAAGACUACAUUUGUAAAACGACAUAUUACUGGAGAAUUUGAAAAGAAGUAUGUCGCAACUUUGGGUGUUGAAGUUCACCCUCUUGAUUUCCACACAACUCGUGGCAAAAUGAGAUUUAAUGUGUGGGAUACAGCAGGACAAGAAAAAUUCGGUGGUCUCAGAGAUGGCUAUUAUAUUCAAGGGCAGUGUGCAAUAAUUAUGUUUGAUGUGACUAGUCGUGUCACGUAUAAAAACGUCCCUAACUGGCAUCGUGAUUUAGUUCGGGUCUGUGAAAAUAUACCAAUCGUAUUGUGUGGUAACAAAGUUGACAUUCAAGACAGAAAAGUGAAGGCUAAGUCCAUAACUUUCCACAGAAAAAAGAAUCUCCAAUACUAUGAUAUAUCGGCUAAAUCUAACUACAAUUUCGAGAAGCCAUUCCUCUGGCUUGCUCGCAAAUUGGUUGGCGAUCCGAAUCUCGAGUUUGUGGAGAUGCCUGCAAUGGAACCACCAGAAAUUCAAAUUGAUCCUAAUUUGGUCAGGCAAUACGAGCACGAAAUCCAAAUGGCUGCUGAAGCUCCUCUUCCAGAUGAAGGUGACGAAGAUCUGUGAUUUACAAGUCAGAUGUAAGCAGAGCCGCAGAUUUGCUAAUAAUUAAAAUUUAAUGUAAUAAAUCUAUUAUAAUGUGUACCUAAUUGACGUGUUACCUGAGAAAUUGGUAUUUUACUUGUUUUUGAUUCCAUGAUGAACGAUUGAUUUUUCGAUAUCGAUAGUUUCUGUAUGGGUGCUCGUUGCUCUGUUUAUGAGAAAUUCCCUGCGUGGAAUAAUUUUCACUAGUUGUGUAUGCACGCUAGCAUUACAAUCAUUUAAUUACUAUUGUGGAAAUCGAUACUUGGUUAAAAUACGGUUAGAUUUUGUAUAUAGAGCCAAUUCAAUUAAUACCUUUCAACCUGUUCAGCUAUGAGUGUGCUAACCUGUGGUAUCGAUUUAUGUAACGGUUUUGUCUUCGCUACCAUGUACUUCUCGCUACAUACACUGAAAUGUAAACUGACUGCGUUGCAAUCGUGAUUGCCA